UGUAUUUAAUAUCAAUAUGUCAAUUGUCAAUUUCAAAUGUCAUAACAAAAGUUGAGUCAAGUUACGAGAAAAGUUUUUGUAAGUUUCUUUUACCGGUAAAGUGAUAUAGUAAAACGCUUAGGAGUAAUGCAUCUCAUUGCAACGGUGCUGCUUGUUUUCGCCUUUGCCGAAUACAUUUGUUGUUUUGACUCAAGAAACGUGGUGUUCACGAUAGUUAGCCAGUCGGAGCCGUACCAUGCCAGCGUGGCGAAGAGGCUCAAACAAGACAUUGAAAAUCAAGUCUGGCAGAUGGAAGGGAGGUAUCCAAAAGUGCAUCUGACGCACGAAGAUUUCCCGAUUGCCGGUGCGUGGACCAUCAUACCGCUGCUGGGUCCACUGACUACCAAGUACAGGAGCAGUGACGUCAGAUGGGUGCUGUUCGUCGAGUCGCACACUGCUGUGAGAUGCGAGAAGCUGAUAGAGGCCUUAGCGUCUGCUGAUAAACAGAAGGAUACGAUGUGGGUGGGUUACCCGCUCAGUGACCCUGAGCCUACCAUCAUACAUCACUUUACGUUCUACGAGGAGCUAGAGGAGGAAGGAGGCUUCGUUUAUCCCAACUUCGCGAGCGGGUUCGCGAUGCGGCUCGAAUUGAUCGAACAACUCCUGCAUCAGAUAGAAAGCGGUGACCGUAAGCUAGAGGCGGACUUCUCGAUAGACCCGGCGUUUGAGUUGGCACAACUGGUGUACGGCAGCGGUGACAAUCCAGGACCUCUACUGACUCCAGAUCUCAGCUUCUGCGUGGUGUCUGGAGACAACUGCGCCACCUACCCUCGCCAGUUUGAUAUAUGUGGCAGUGCCAUACCCGAGGAGUCGGUGUACUUCGCGGUGAAGACCUGGAGCGGCUUCCACUCCACCAGGGCGAGGGUCGUGAAGAAGACCUGGGGGAAGCAUGUCACCAACCUCAUGUUUUACAGCGAUACCGAUGACCCAACCCUCCCCGCCGUGGACACUGGAGUGCCCAACUCAAAAACGGGCCACUGCACCAAAACGGUGGCCAUAUUGAAGAGUGCCGUGAAGGCGGUUCAGGACAAACCUCACAUCAAGUGGAUAUUCUUGGCUGAUGAUGACACUAUAUUAGGAGUUCAGCGGUUGUGUGAAGUUCUGAGUUGCUACCGCGGCGGUGCUGACGUCACAAUACUGGGGGAACGGUACGGCUACGGGUACGGGAAGAAGGAAACCGCAGCGAAGGGCUACGACUACAUCACGGGCGGAGGUGGUACGGUACUGAGCGUGGGAGCCGCUCGCCGGCUGUCCGUGUGCGCGUGCGCGGGCGUGUCGGCGCCGGACGACAUGUCGCUGGGCGCGUGCGCGCGACACCGGCACGCCGCCGCGCUCACGCACUCACCGCUAUUCCAUCAGGCGCGUCCGCAAGACUACGCGCGCGAGGUGCUGGCGCGCGACCGGCCCGUGUCGUUCCACCGCCACUCGGCGCCCGACCCGCAGCGCGUGUACGCCACGUGGUUCCAGCACGACGACCUCGCGCUGCGCCGCCGCAGGGACGAACUCUAAACUCACAAUUAAAACUACCAUUACUAGUUUCAAUAAAAACUACCAUUUUAGUAGUCAAUCAUCAUUUCAGCCGGGAAUUGUCCCACUGCUGAACAUAGGCCCCCAUUGAGCGCCACAGGGACCGUCCCUGGGCCGCCCUCAUCCAUUGGACUCCGGUUUACUGACUAGUAGUGUUAUGUAUGGUAGAAAAACGUUAUGUUAAAAUUAAAUUAUCUAUGACAAAAUAAUUUUGACUAAAAUCUUUUCAGUUUGACGAAAAUAUGACGUAUGUUAGAGCCUAAUGUUGCCAUUAAACUUACCUCUAUAGUAGUUUAGUAGAUUUAAGUUACAUUGAUUCGUUAAUUGUAUACGUUAUAAUAAUAUCGUGAAUGUAAAAUAUUAUUUAAAUGAAAGACAAUUAAUGCUUACAUUUCCAGUUCGUGAUACGUGUUUGUUUUAAUAAUGUACAAUAAUUUAACUAAUUUAAAAAAAUAGAUGACAAAGCACCUAUUAGUGUUGCCAUUUGCUAACUGAAAAUGUACCAUUUUAGAAGAUUUUACGUAAUAGUGAUGUUUAUUCCGUCAAUAAUUAAAAUUUUUACGUUUUAUUUGAUUUUAUAUAUAGAAUAUGUGUUACUAAAAUAUAUAGUAAUCGUUAAUUUCUUGUGUGAUUUAAGAUUGACGUUUAAAUUACUAAUUGUUUAUAUGACAAAAAAAUUUUGAUAGUAAAAAAUUUUAUGAGAUUUAUGUUAUAAUUAAAAUUAAAUGUAAAUUAAUAUGUUUUAAUCCUUGACUCGAAUAUCGUGUUUUAAAUAAUAAUUUUGUCAAUUUAUUGAAUUAUUAAUAGAUCUAAUAAAUCUGUAAAAAAAUCUUAUGUUAUUAACUACUUAAUAAAUCUCUAAUUUGCGACUAAUAAUUAUAAUUAUUGUAUGGUGUCUUUUUUUAUAUUUUGACCUUGGACUUGAUUGAAGGCCUAUACACAAGUUACAGCUUUUAUGCCUUUGAUAUUUUAGUAAUAUUAAUUAAGAACCAUCUCGAUCACAUCAGCUUUGAAACAAACCUUAUCUAAAUCAAUCCAUUGGUUUGAGAGCUACGAUGCCACACACAGACACACAGAUAACUCCUUAAACUUUAACAUCCCUCUUUUUCCGCAGGGGGUUAAAAACUUCGCGUUUUGAACACCAACUACGAACUAAUUAAAUAUAAUUUGUUUUUUUGACGCCGACUUGGUUUCUCGAAGUGAUUUUUUAACAUGAAUGCAUUUAGCGUUAUCAAUAUUUUGUGUUCAUUAUUUGAUAGUGUAAUUAUAACUAACAUAUCAGUUGUAUACUGUGAAUAAAGUUUAAUAUUUUUACAAA